AUGCCUCUACAUACCCCUCUGCCAAGCAAUGUUCGUCAUGGCCUUGCCAGUAUAAGUGGAUCUUUAUUUAUUCAAAACAAAACCACAGAUUGUGGAGAACAUCGAUCAUAUCACACAGGUAACAAUUUUAGCCAUGAAGUAUUGUCAAGUGUUCCCCUCCAGAUGGCUUUAUAUUUCAAUGUAUUCUUCUUUCCUUUCUGGUUCAUAUCUGAGGUUAUCAUGUUGGAACUCAAGUACUUCUUGCUUCCAGGUUACUAUCAAUUUCUCUUAGUCACAGCUGUCACAAUUAUCACAGUAAUUGAAAUCCUGAGACUUUACUUGGGCUACAUUGGAAAUUUACAUGAGAAGGUGCCGGAACUGGCUGGAUUUCUGCUUCUUACUUUCCUCAUUCAGAUGCCUCUUUUCUUAUUCCUUUUGACAGAUGAAAAGAUCCUGAUACUGCCUCUGGAAUUAGCAGUACAUGUAAUCUAUGUGAUUUUUCUUAACAUGGAGCUGCUUGUCUCAUUCUUUGUCCUAAAGAUCAUGACAAGACAACUGGCCACACAGUUUUAUUUGCAAAAGACUGAUGAUUUAGAGAAUAAAAAUGUACCUGCCAAAUGUUCCCAAGUUACAAUACAGCGCAGCAAAAGGAGCAUGAUUGGAUUGCAAGACAGAGAUGCCCUUAUGUAUUAA